AUGCUUAAUCACGACAUGGACUCGACCGUCCUCGUCAAAGGCUGGAAGAAGGGCGCCAACUGGAGUUUUCCCCGAGGCAAGAUCAACAAGGAUGAAGACGACCUGGACUGCGCCAUCCGAGAGGUCUGGGAGGAGACUGGACUCGACCUUCGUGCCGCCGGCCUCGUCCCCGAGGGCAAGCCGAAAUACAUUGAAAUCACCAUGAGGGAACAGCAGAUGCGGCUAUACGUCUUCCGCGACGUCCCCAUGGAUACAGACUUCGAGCCCCAGACCAGGAAAGAGAUCAGCAAGAUUGAGUGGUACAAGCUAUCAGAGCUGCCUGCUUUUCGUAAGAAGGGCCAGAACCAGACCCAGGCCGACGUCGGCAACAACGCCAACAAGUUCUACAUGGUCGCACCAUUUCUCGUUCCUCUCAAGAAGUGGGUCAAUAGCCAGAAGAAGAACGCCACAAAGAAGACGCCUGUGCCUGCCAAUGCCAACCUAUACCCGCACCACCCGCUCGAUGAGGCGCCCAUCGAGGACGACGCCUGGGCUCAGACAACAGCCGCGCCCGCCGCGCCCGCCAUGGACACGCUCGAAGGCGCCACCAGCGAGCUUCAGCGCCUCCUCAAGCUCCAACCCCAGCCCGUCAUGGCGCAGGCGGUCCAACCUCGUACCACGCAGGAGGACAAGGCCAGUGCCCUUCUCUCCAUGCUCAAAGUUGACAAUAGUGCGCCGCCGCCGCCUCCUGCGCAGCAGCAGCAGCAGCAACAUAACCCCAACAUGUACCCUCAUACUCCUCUUGAGAUGGAUCCCGGGGACAUGGCGCAACCUCCCAACCCUCACCACAAUACCAACAAUCUACACCACCCUGACCGUGUCACCCAACCACCGCUUCAUUUCCCUCUCCCCCACGUUCACCCGGUGCCUCCGCCGCCACCCCACCAGGGGUUCGAUGCCCCACCACAGGCCAUACCACUUGUUCAUACGCAGCCUCUGCCGCCUCAGGUCCAACGCUCCGUCCUGAACAAGAGCACUUUCCAAGAGAGCUUUGCGGCUCCGGCCCCGCCGCCCCCGCCGCCACAUAACAACAACGCCUAUGUUCAGCCGCGGGAGCAGGCUCAUGCCGGAUAUGGCCAUCCUCAAUCUCCACAGGCCGGCAUGUCACCCGGCGGAAGACAGAAGGGCCCUCUCAGCGGACCGUCAUUGGCUCUCCUCGACGCGUUCAAGAGAGACUCCCCAUCGGCACAAGCCCACGAGGCGCCUAGGCCUGUUGCACAGGAUGCCUUUGCCCAGCAGUUCCCACAAUACCCUCAGCAGCCGUCCGCCCCAGCUGCUACUGGCCCGGUUCCUAUUCCACUCUCCGGACCUUCUCCCGCCCAGCAGAGCCAGCUCCGCCCGACAGAGCUGGCGGGCUCCAUGAUGCAGCAACACAGGUCACCUAUGGGCAGCAUGCCAUCAAUCAACUCACCCGACGGCAGCCACAAGUCCAAUCUGCUUGAAAUGUUCAAACCUGGAAGCUCUGUCACCAUGUCACCCCAAGGGAUGCACGCGUCCCCCCGCCAGGGACAGCCACAGUCGUACGGAAGCGGACCUGGGAGCGAAAAGGUCCUUCUCGACACUCUUCGUGGAGGGCCGCAGCAGCGACUAGUACCUCAGCCUUCAGGUGCCAUCGCAGCACACCUCGACUCGUUUGCCGGGCAAGGUCGAGCGGAGCAGCCAACAGCUGCCCUCCAGCGAGCAGCGCCCAUGGGACCUAGGCAGCCCAGCGGAAGCAUGCAACCUGGUCCGGUGCGUAUUCUUCAACGAGACCAGACAGACGUCGGCGACGGCCUACCCAACAGAAUACCGUCUCGGUCCCCUUACUCUAGCGGCAACUAUGGCAACUACGGCAACUAUAUGCCGCAGCAGGUACCGGCGCCGAUGGGCAUCGGCUCUCGGUCAUCGCCGUCAGGCUCUCAGCGGCGCGGAGGUGACAGGGCGACGCCACAAGACGAUAAGCGCCAUCUCCUGUCUCUCUUUGGAAACCCGCACCAGGAUGCUGGUGCUGAUACCGGUCGGUUGUCUGGUCUAUCAGGCAGGACAGGGAGACAGACGCCCAUCUCGCCUGCUGACCAGAUGUUCCUGCUGGACUAUCUUCAGUCGGUGACGAAGCCGGCACACUAA